AUGAGCCUUGCGUGCACAACCGACGCCAUGGACGACGCCGCCGCCAACGGCCACCUGGACGCUGUCACCUUCUUACACGAGAAGCGAACCGAAGGCUGCUCGACGGAUGCCAUGGACCGGGCGGCCGCCAACGAUCAUCUAGACGUUGUUACCUUCUUGCACGAGAAGCGAACCGAAGGCUGCACAACCGACGCCAUGGACGACGCCGCCGCCAACGGCCAUCUGGACGUUGUUACCUUCUUGCACGAGAAGCGAACCGAAGGCUGCACAACCGACGCCAUGGACGACGCCGCCGCCAACGGCCAUCUGGACGUUGUUACCUUCUUGCACGAGAAGCGAACCGAGGGCUGCACGACGGCUGCGCUCAGUGGCGCAGCGGCGGCGGGGCACCUAAAGGUCGUUGAGUAUCUCGUGGCCCAUCGUGACGAGGGUGCUUCACCAGACAUUCUGGACACCGCGGCUGCCAACGGUCACCUCGACAUUCUUGCUUAUCUGGACAAGCUCGGGCGCUUUGCGUGCACGACGGCUGCCGUUGACGACGCCGCAAGGCAUGGACACUUUGAUGUCGUCGAGUACCUCUUGGCGCAUCGACUCGAAGGCGGCAGCCGCGACGGUGCCGCGCGCGGCGCACUGGAGAGCGGUCACAUUGCGCUCGUCCAGCGGCUUGUCGCAGCCGGGUACCCGCUCCCGGCCACGAGCGGUAUGAGCGUCCUGCGGGCGAUACGCAAGCCAAGUGCCCUCGCGCUGCUGCAGCUCUACGUUGCGCAAGGCGUCGCGCUGCCGUCGUCGUGGGCCAAAGAGGUGCGACAGUAUGGCAGCGACGACGUGACGCAGUAUUACUUUCUUCACGCGCCAGCCGCCGCCCAGCAGCACGCCGCGCCACGUGCCAUGUCUCGGUACCAUGAUGAUGCGUUCGAUGCCAUCGAGACGGCGCUUUGGAACGAAGACUUUGACGUGGUACGAGACCUCUGGGCGCAACGGCCAGAGCUCCGGUGCGAUGCCUUGCUCGAGUUGAUUGUACGCAACAGCGCGUCGCCGGCCAGCGCGACCGCCUUUCUCCUCGACGCUGGCGUCGGGCAGCCGCGACGUGUUGCUGUCGAGCACAUGGAUCGUCGGAGCUUUGACAUGAUGAACGUCCUCUUGCCGUACUGCCUGCACCCGACCGACCAUCUCGACAACCUCGUCUUUCUCGUCGAAUGGCUCGAUCGACAGGCGUACGCCUUGACCGCGUCCAUGCUUUUGGCUCUUAAAACCGAGAUGAUUGCCCAAGCAACGGCAGCCACGUGCCGACACAUCCACGUCGGCACUGCGAUCGAGUCGAUCACGGAAGCGCUUUUGGCGACCGGCGCGACGACCUCGUAUGUACAAGCCGCGUCUCGGGGCUUGGAGCAACGAGUGCUCUUCCGGUCGGGCGUCGCCGACUGGGGCCUUGCGACACUCAUUGUGCAUUUCUUGUCGGUUGACGCCACCGACUCUGCCAGGCAACUGCGAACGUGGCUCGGCAAGGUGAGGAGCGCGGGCCUCAAAGCGCAUCUGCAGCGCCUCCUGGACGAAGCGAUGCCGGAGGAGAAUGACGCAGCCGCCGACGAGGCCAAGCUGGCGUCGAUGUACCAGGAUUACGAUUAUUAA